AUGACGUACACUAUGGAUCAAUUUGCAAGGCUGUAUAUGAAAGCGAUAAUCAGACUCCAUGGUGUACUAGUAUCUAUAGUUUCAGACAGAGACCCAAGGUUCACAUCAGGUUUCUGGGAAAGCUUGCAAGAGGCAAUGGUUACCAAACAACCAUCAGAAUGGACCCAUACGAGAUGCUUUAUGGUAGGAAGUAUCGCACCCUUACAUUGGGAUGAGAUAGGAGAGAGGCGACUAGCUGGGCUAGAACUGGUGCUUGAGGUUACAAGUGCUAUAGAAAGAAUAAGAAAGCAUAUGCUCACAGCUCAGAGUAGACAACAAAGUUAUGCCAAUGCAAAAAGGCAAGACAUCGAGUUCGAAGUGGGAGACAAAGUCUUCUUGAAAGUCUCGCCAACAAAAGGUGUUAUGAGGUUUGGGAAAAAAGGGAAGUUAGGUCCCAGUUAUGUAGGUCCUUUUGAGAUUCUCGAGAGGAUAGGACCAGUUGCUUACCGCUUAGCCCUACCUCCCGCGUUGGCUAGUACCCACAAUGUGUUUCAUAUCUCCAUGCUCAAAAAGUAUGUGUCCGAUUUGUCCCAUGUGCUUAGUUAUGAACUGCUAGAGUUACAACCGGACUUGAGUUAUGAAGUUAAACCAGUUAAGAUACUGGAAUGGGGAAUCAAAGAGUUGAGAACUAAAAGGAUACCCCUAGUUAAAGUCCUGUGGAGCAAUAGUGCGGUUGAAGAAGCUACUUGGGAGCUGGAGGAUGACAUGCGCGAGAAGUAUCCUGAGAUAUUUGGGUAA